GACGUGCGUGUGUGUGUGUGUGUGUGUGUGUGUGUGUGCGUGCGUGCGUGCGUGCGUGUGUGUGUGUGGAGAGAGAGAGAGAAAAGCGAGAGCGGGGGGAAGAGAGAGAGAGAGAGAGAGAGAGAGAGAGGCGGAGAGAGACUCAGUCUGCCCUUCGCCUCAGAGCAGAGGCAGUCCGGGUCCCCGCAGCAUUCAACGUAGUCGAAGAGGUACAGUACAGAGACUGUCACCGCCGUUACUUCUCACUUACGGUCAUUUCAAGACGGCAAAACAAACAGGUCAUCGAAAGCAGCGGCAACAGCUCUAAACGUGAACUAUUUUGGAAAUCCUAAGAGGACAGAAACUUUUCUUUUUUUUUUCUUUUCCGGGCGUCGUUCUUGAGGAACUCUGCCAAAAAAAAACCAAAAAUCCGAGGCAACAACAACAACAACAACAACCAAAAAAAAAAAAAAGACAACAACUAUAUUUAUGUGAUACAAAGCUGGAGACGCUCAAGGAAGAAAAAAGAGAGAAGGGGCAUUUUUGAACAACCGCGCCACGCGUCCACAAAGGAAAAGGCACCACCUGCGCCCAGUUGCAUGGCGUGCGGCUUCCUGCGACGGCUCGCGCGCCUCCGUACCUCCGCCAGCAAUAAUAAAUACAUGUGAUAACUUCGGUGUUGGACGACCGUCUUCCGCCUGCGCUUCACUCGGCAGUGACUCGAGAUUCCUGCACGCAAUCGGGCUUCAACUCCCGGCAGAGGAGGCGGAGUCUUAACUUAUUAAAAGGAACUUGCUGAGGCUCGGACGCCCGCAAAUAUGAUGAUGAUGUCUCUGAACAGCAAGCAGCCCUUCGCCAUGGCUCACGCCAGCUUGCCCGAGCCCAAGUACUCCGCGCUGCACUCCUCGUCGUCGUCCACGCUGACUUCCAACGCGCCGUCGUCCUCGUGCUCGUCCUCCCGACACAGCAGCACCAUCAUCAGCAGCAGCGGCGGCAGCGGCUCGGAGGCGAUGCGCCGAGCCUGUCUCCCAACCCCACCGAGCAAUAUAUUCGGAGGCUUGGAUGAGAGUUUGUUGGCCCGGGCUGAAGCUCUAGCGGCGGUGGAUAUAGUCUCGCAGACCAAGAGCCACCACCACCCUCCUCAUCACAGUCCCUUCAAGCCGGACGCGACCUACCACACCAUGAACACGCUCCCCUGCACCUCGUCGUCCUCCUCCUCCUCCUCGGUGCCUAUUUCUCAUCCGUCCGCCCUGGCCGGCCACCACCACCACCAUCACCACCACCACCACCACCAGCCCCACCAAGCCCUGGAGGGGGACCUGCUGGACCACAUCACCCCGGGACUGGCGCUGGGAACCAUGGCCGGACCGGACGGCUCGGUGGUUUCCACGCCUGCGCACCCUGCCCACAUGGCGGGCAUGAACCACAUGCACCAGGCGGCCAUCAACAUGGCUCACGCCCACGGGCUACCGCCGCACAUGGGCAUGAAUGACGUGGACGCCGAUCCACGGGACCUGGAAGCCUUCGCUGAGCGGUUUAAGCAGAGACGGAUCAAACUGGGGGUCACGCAGGCGGAUGUAGGGGCAGCGUUGGCCAGCCUGAAGAUACCUGGAGUGGGCUCCCUCAGCCAAAGCACCAUCUGCCGGUUCGAGUCCCUCACGCUGUCGCACAACAACAUGAUCGCGUUGAAGCCCAUCCUGCAAGCGUGGCUGGAAGAAGCCGAGAAGUCGCACAGGGAGAAACUUAACAAGCCCGAGUUGUUCAACGGCGCCGAGAAGAAGCGGAAGCGCACGUCGAUAGCGGCGCCGGAGAAGAGGUCGCUGGAGGCCUACUUCGCCAUUCAGCCGCGACCCUCCUCGGAGAAAAUCGCGGCGAUCGCGGAAAAGCUGGACCUGAAAAAGAACGUGGUGCGGGUGUGGUUUUGCAACCAGCGGCAGAAGCAGAAACGAAUGAAGUACUCGGCAUGCGUCUAGAGUCGCUUUGAACCGCCGCCGCCACCACCGCGAAAAGACUUGGAACUGUUUAAAGACGAUUUGUAUCAUAUUUCCUAGCUCACACCAUUUUUUUUCCAAUCAUCGAUGACUUUGUGCUUUGAACUUCGAUAAAUUCCUAAAACUGAACAAUGACUGAUAAACUCAAAGCCCCCCCCCCCCCCCCCCCCCCCCCCCGCGCCCCUCACCCCCCACUUGCUGAGAGGGAGCUGUGGAGUCGAGUAAAGCAUCGUUUGACAAAGCAAGUAAGACCCCCGUUUCCACACUUACUAUGCUUCACCUUUAAUGUCAACGCGGAAUGAUUUACAAGGCUUUAAUUUUCAGUCAUGAUUAAUUUAAAACGGGAACGCGAGUCGGGCUCCAGCGAGGGGCAGCGUUGCUAUUCGCACACAGCGAGGUUACGGUUUCGUUCAAAGCACUUGGCUGGUGACUAUUGCUGUUUUUGUUUCCGGCUUAUAAAAUAAGCUCCAUUUUCCCUGCGAGUGCAUGACAAUGCAGUCUGACAUUUUACCCAGGGUCCAAGAGGGAAUUAGAAGGACAACACACCGAUUUGUCUUGAAAGCUAAUAUUAGAUUACUGCCAAAUAGCCCUCUGUAAAUUAAUUAUCUACUUGUCACACUUAAUUUUGUGUCUAAAUGUGUAAUUAAUUCCACUUAUUUUGUUACAAUGCGUGGUCAAAGUCAGGGAUCUAUUUUCCAGAUACCCGGGUAUGGGUUAGGGCAGGGUUGUUGUUUAUUAUUAGGCCUCAGUUACGCGAAAAGACCGAAAUAGUGGCUCACGUGUAAGGAUUUCACAGAUUAUUACAAUUUAAAAAAUAUGUUUUCGUGCCGGCUGCAAUAAGUUUACAAUCCAGCGUGGGCCGGUAGCUUAUGAACUAUUUAUUGAGUGAGGUCAUGUUUACUUCAUUAUAUAUUUAUUGGGAUUCCCCCCUCCUCGUUUUGCUUGAGAAAAUCAAAUUCUGACAGCAACGUAAGCGUGUUGUUCUGGUUUAAAGGGGAACGACUGCGAAACGUGCAGUCACAAAUUUUAAUUUCUAAUGUUUGAGAUGGUACAAUCGAGAUAUAUAUGAGAAAGUAUUCUCUUUUUAAAAUUAUUUUAUGUAUGUUUUCUGCUAUUUAUUUGUAUAAAUAUACGCGCAUCAUUAUGACGUCGUUGCUUGUUAAAAAUCACUUUGUUUAAGUAAUGUUUUUUUCUUGAAGAGAAAAGAAACAGCUUCAUGGAAGUAUAAGUGUAAAAUGUAAAUAUUUCAUUGGAACCAGUCGAUGCACAUAAAUAUAUCCGUACAGGUUUUUGCUGUAUUGCUGUUUUAGCUGAGGUAACUAAUUUCUGUAAUGUAUGUUGCUUUUGGUUCCUGGUUAAAUUAUUCUAUUAAUUUACUACAUCCAUGUAAUUUUAAUUUAUUUAAUUAUUGAACUGCAAUAUGUGUUUCAUUAAAGAACAAACUUUAACAUGA